AUGCCUCCCGUGAUUUCCAUGCCUUGCAAUCGCAUUGUCCUUUCCUAUCCGUCCUGUCCUAAGGUGGCAGAAGCCAGAGCAAGCCUGAGCGUGUGGACAGAAUUAGAACCUGUUGACAUGAGCGAAAAACCAGUCUUUCCGAAAAUCGCUCACCCCAACAAGAUACUUGAGAUCAUCUGUAGGGGGCAGGAUCGGGAAUGUAGAACUCAGAAGCCGUUCGAUCAGGAAUCCCGAUUUCCCAUAGAGUGGGACCAUUUCUUGGAGGAUUAUACACAAGCUCAUGGCCACCAGCUCGAAACUCAUCACUUGGCGUAA